GUACCAUCGCCGCAUCUUCCCUCUCCACCCCCAGGGUCUCUUGCCCUUCACUCUGCCUGACUUCACACACACACAUUCGGAGCACUAGUGUGAUGCCUACGCCUCGUAAGAGAGGCAGAGCUUCGCCCAACCAAUCCUCUUCGCCGCCUCCGGCCUCUACACCAAAGCGCUUGAAGACGGCGGCCCGAGGCGGGGCAACACCCUCCACUACACAGCGGACUGUCAGCCAGAAGCGGCAGACGGAAGAGGUAGUCAUUGGUAGCGAUGAUGAGCUUGAUCUGCUCGGCGGUACUGACAGUGCUGGGUCACCCGCGGGAGAGGCGCAGAUAGGCGACGCCAUGAAUGGACAAGAUGAGGGCACAGGUGGUAUCGCGGCUACAGAGGCAGCAGCCCCGCCCGCCUCCUCACCCUCACAAGGUCUGCUGGGACGCAGAGAGGCCAUCUUGAAUCGCCUUUCUGGCCAGGUUACCUCUCCCGAGGAUCUCGUAGGUCUAGAUGAGCAAGCCGCUGUGCUCCGUCAGACUCUUCAUGCCACUGUACGGCGCGGAGAGAGCAACAGCAUUCUCCUCGUGGGAGCCAAGGGCAGUGGAAAGAGCGCAAUCUUUAAUGCGACGCUCUCCUCCCUGGGUCCCCGGACCUCGUACCACCACGUCUACGUCUCAGCGAGACAAUGCACCACUGACCGAGCCGCCAUGAGGGAGCUGGCUCGUCAGCUGAUCCAGUCUGGCGCCUUCAAUCUCCACGAUGCGGAGACUAGGCUGAAUUUGGAUGAAGAGGAGGACCGAGACGAGGAGGGAGAAGGGGAGGAGGAAGAGCUGGAAGCACUGGAUGAGGAGGAAGAAGCAGUGAGGAGAGAAGCGCUGGGAAAUGCGGUUCUCUCAUCGCUAUCAAACACCACGAGCUCUAUCCUUGCCCUCCUCGCCUCAGCAUCCUCGACGUCGGCCUCUGGCAGCUCUGCCAAACCCCUUAUCAUUUCCCUCGACUCCUUCGAUCUGCUCACCGCCAGGCCGAGGCAGGCCCUUCUUUACUGUCUUCUGGACGCAGUCCAGUCGGGUACCUACAGACCUGGUCUUGCCAUCGUUGGAAUGACUCGAAGGGUGGAUACGACGGAUCUGUUGGAGAAGAGGGUCAAGUCGCGCUUCUCGCACCGCAUUGUGCAGUGCUAUCCACCUGCUAGCGAGGAUGAGUGGAGGGAGGUGGUGAGAAAAGCAUUGCUCUGCGCUCCUCCCGAGAACAAGGCGCUGGAGAAUACCUGGCAAGGAAACACAGCUUCCCUCUUGGAAGAUCGCGAUUUCACCUCCCUGCUGGGCCGUAUCACCGACCAAAGCAAAGACGUGCACCACCUCUUCACGGUUCUCUAUCCUCCCAUCGCCGCUCUCCCUUCCUCACCACCCGAGCCUCUCUCAGCACACCCUUUCAUCCUCUCCUAUGCAGCUCAGCAAAAUGACGCUACCCUGAGCAGUCUGUACGACCUACCUACACUCCCCUUUCUCCUCCUCAUCGCAGCCAAGCAUCUCCAGACCAGGGAUCGGACCGUCUUCAAUUUCGAAGUGUGCUUUGACGAGGUGGCACGAUUCUCCCGCAAGAGCAGACGGAACAGAGAAGGAGCGGGCACGGGCGGUAUGGGAUUGAACAUGGACGAGGGCAACGAGGACUCUGUGCUGCCUAGUGAAGGAGUCGCUCGGAGAGGUGUCGCAAAACGAGCAAAAGCGGCAGUGGGAGAAGGAGAAGGAGAGGAGGUCCGUGGCGGAGAGUGGGAAGAUAGGAAACGAGCCCUAAUGGCCUUUGACCAACUCCUGGCCUUGGACCUGUUUCUACCCGAUGCCUUUCUCUCCACCCUUGCGUAUGGACCUACCACGAUUGCCACCACUACCACCACUGGAACUGCUAUGGGCACCUCUUGUAAAAGCGCAUCAUCAUCAACAACAACAACAACGAGAAGUGCAGCUGCAACUGCGACUGCCGCUCCCCUCAUAGCCAGCUCCCUCCGCACCGGCGCUGGUGCAAGCAGUGUGAGAAAAGAGUACCUCCGGGUCCGCUCCAUCAUCGAGCCUCAAGUGGUCUUGGCAGUGGCAAGGGAGCGGGGCAAGAGGGGUACAUUGGGGUCGGAAGUGGUGCAGUGGGCUUCUAGAGGUGGGUGAAGGUGGGGGGAUGGGAGGAGAGGAGAGGAGAGGCAAGGGACGAAGG